AUGAAGGUCACAUUCAAGGUAUGCCCAGCUCCGAGCCUCCUCCCCCACCACCACCUAGGCCAUGAUGGCAUUGCGCCUCACCACAGCUUCAACCUUGAGCUUCUACUAAUCAUAUCGGCUGUUUUCCAGGACUUGAAGCAACAAAAGUUCACGCUUGACGUUGAGCCCACCGACCCUAUUUCGGUUGUCAAGCAGAAGAUUUCUGGAGAGAAGGGAUGGGACCCCAAGGACCAGAAGCUUAUCUACUCUGGCAAGAUCCUCAAGGACGACGACACGGUCGAGUCCUACAAGAUUGAGGAAAAGGGCUUCGUUGUCUGCAUGGUCAACAAGGCACCCAAGCCCGCCCCGGCCGCCGAGUCCUCAUCUGCGCCCGCCGUCCCCGCUACGCCCGCUCAGCACGUCGCUGCUACGCCGGCUGCUCCUCCCGCUCCCGCUGCUCAGGCUGCUGCCCCUGCUGCGGCUCCCGCUACGCCGACUCCGGCCGCUAGAUCUACCGGUGGCGAUGCCGGCAAUAACGACCCGUCAAUGGCCAUGGGCGCUCAGCGCCAGGAGGUGAUUGCCAAUAUGGAGGCCAUGGGUUUCGAGCGCGCCCAGAUUGACGCCGCCAUGCGCGCCGCCUUUUACAACCCCGACAGAGCCGUCGAGUACCUGCUCAGCGGCAUCCCCGAAGACGUUCAGGAGGAGCAGGCACAGCGACAGGCCGCUGCUGCGGCGCCCGUCCAGCCUUCUGGUGGUGCGCCCGCUGGCGGCGAUGACGGCAACGUCAACCUCUUCGAUCUUGCCGCCCAGUCGCGUGGUGGUAGCGGUGGUGGUGGUGGACGUGGCGCCUCCGCUGGCAACACCCAGGCCGCCGCCGCUGCUGCUGCCGCUGCUGCCGCCCAGGGUGGCUUCGGCAACCUGGACUUCCUCAGAAACAAUGCUCAGUUCCAGCAGCUGCGCCAGGUCGUCCAGCAACAGCCCCAGAUGCUGGAGCCUAUCCUUCAGCAGCUCGGCGCCGGCAACCCCCAGCUUGCUCAACUGAUCGCGAACAACCCCGACCAGUUCCUGCAGCUUCUCGGCGAGGAGGUUGACGACGACGUGCCUCUGCCCCCCGGUGCGCAGGCCAUCCAGGUCACCGAGGAGGAGCGCGACGCCAUUGAACGGUUAUGCCGUCUCGGCUUCGACCGUGACGCUGCCAUCCAGGCCUACUUUGCCUGCGACAAGAACGAGGAGCUCGCGGCAAACUUCCUCUUCGACCAGCCCGAUGACGACGAUGCGCCCCAGAACUAA